CGGAAGCCGUAGUGUUUUAUUCCGGCUGACUCGACGCUGGCACCCCAAAUCGCCUUAUGGUUAAGACUUCAACGGUUUUUCUAUGUCUGCGGGAAUUUAUUUCGAUAAAAGCACCAAGAGAUAAGGAACGCGAACCAACACGGAUUUAUCAUCGUGGAUAAUUUGAUACAUUUGAAGAUAUUCGGCUUUCCUAUCUAUUUAAAGCUAUACUUCGUCCCCCCGGUCCUGUGAUACAGGUGUUCUUGCCGUCCUGUGACGGAUUUAUCCUCUCAGCUGUCGGGUGUCAGGAGGAGAAGAAGCCAAGAUGCCCAAACCGAUCAACGUCCGUGUGACCACCAUGGAUGCAGAGCUGGAGUUUGCCAUCCAGCCUAAUACCACAGGGAAACAGCUCUUUGACCAGGUGGUGAAGACGGUGGGACUGCGGGAGGUCUGGUUCUUUGGCCUACAGUAUGUUGACAGUAAAGGCUACAUCACCUGGCUCAAACUCAACAAGAAGGUGACCCAGCAAGAUGUGAAGAAAGAAAACCCUCUGCAGUUCAAGUUCAGAGCUAAAUUCUUCCCCGAGGAUGUCUCAGAGGAACUAAUCCAAGAGAUCACCCAGAGACUCUUCUUCCUGCAGGUGAAAGAGGCAAUCCUGAACGAUGAGAACUACUGUCCUCCCGAGACAGCCGUGCUUCUGGCGUCAUAUGCUGUCCAGGCCAAGUACGGAGACUACAUCAAAGAUGUGCACAAGCCUGGGUACCUUACCCAUGACAGACUGCUGCCUCAAAGAGUCCUGGAGCAGCACAAAUUGACCAAGGAGCAGUGGGAGGACAGGAUACAGACUUGGCACGAAGAACACAGAGGAAUGCUUAGAGAGGACUCGAUGAUGGAAUAUCUUAAAAUCGCCCAGGACUUGGAGAUGUACGGAGUCAACUACUUUGAGAUCAAAAACAAGAAGGGCACUCAGCUUUGGCUGGGGGUGGACGCCCUUGGCCUCAACAUUUACGAGCACGAUGACAAGUUGACACCAAAGAUUGGCUUCCCCUGGAGUGAGAUUCGAAACAUCUCUUUCAAUGACAAGAAGUUUGUCAUCAAACCUAUUGACAAGAAAGCACCUGACUUCGUGUUUUAUGCCCCGCGGCUGCGCAUCAACAAGCGUAUCUUGGCGUUGUGUAUGGGUAACCACGAAUUGUACAUGAGGAGGAGGAAGCCCGACACCAUCGAGGUGCAGCAGAUGAAGGCUCAGGCCCGGGAGGAGAAGCAACACAAACAAAUGGAGAGGGCUCAACUGGAGAACGAGAAGAAAAAGCGUGAGUAUGCAGAGAAAGAGAAGGAGAGGAUAGAGCGUGAGAAAGAAGAGCUCAUGGAGAGGCUGAGGCAGAUCGAAGAGCAGACGAUGAGAGCUCAGAAAGAGCUCGAGGAACAGACUCGCCUUGCCCUGGAGCUGGAGCAGGAGAGAAGGAGGGCGAGGGAGGAGGCCGAGAGGCUAGAGAAGGAGAGGCAGGCCGCCGAGGAGGCCAAGUCCGAGCUGGCCAAGCAGGCGGCAGACCAGCAGAAGAACCAGGAGCAACUGGCUUCUGAGCUGGCUGAAUUCACAGCUAAGAUCGCUCUCCUGGAAGAAGCCAAGAGGAAGAAAGACGAUGAGGCCACUGAAUGGCAGCAAAAGGCCCUCUCAGCCCAGGAGGAUCUGGAAAAGGCCAAGGAGGAGCUGAAGACCGCAGUCACUGUGGUGCCAGCGCCACCGGGCGGCAACGACGGGAACGAGCACGACGAGCAGGACGAGAACCACGCGGAGGCCAGCGCCGAGCUGUCCAACGAGGGCGUGAGCCAGCUCGACCUCCGCAGCGAGGAGGCGCGCGUCACCGAAGCCCAGAAGAACGAGAGGGUCAAGCAACAGCUGCAGCAGUUUCGUUGCAAAGAAGAAACCCCAGCCAAGCUAUUUCAAAUAAGGACCUUAAGUUCCGAGUUGGCCCAGGCCAGAGACGAAACCAAGAAGACGCAGAACGACGUGCUCCACGCCGAGAACGUGAAAGCGGGCCGCGACAAAUACAAAACACUGCGGCAGAUCCGACAGGGCAACACGAAGCAGCGCAUCGACGAGUUUGAGUCCAUGUGAGAAGAGCCGCCCCCGCCUCCCGACCCCCUCCCCCACUCCCCUCGACCCUCUUUUCCUCAGGGGUGCGCGUGCUCUUGAACUUCACUCCUCAACGGCUGCUCGAUUUUCAUGGACAACAGAUGCUGCCGUCCUUGUACUCCCAACCAAGUUCCUCAAUGCCUGCAGGCAAUCUUGAGAAAUCAUCUUGUCAAUAAAGAAAAAACAAAAACUGCCAAAGUCCCGCCCCACAACUCCACUCUCCUGGAUUUUCUUUCAUGUGGAGCUGCCUACCUGCCACUCUGAACAAGCAAAGAUCAUCUUUAAAAGAAACUGUAAAACCAAAAUGAAAGCAAUUGGAUUUUUAUUUUUAUUUUUGAGCAAAACAUGGCCAUAGAAAAGCUACUUUUUGUUGUUGUUGUUUUGUUUUGCUUGACGACUUGUAUGCAAAGGUUUAGUAUGAUUCCAUAUCUUCAGUUUAACAUUACGUGUCCGCUCUUUGUUUUUAAGUUGUUUCACUCUUGCUUUGGUUUGACUCGUUUUACUGACAAUGCCCUUCUUUUUAGUUGUCUGUCAAACACAUUGAUGCUAGAUUUAUCCCGGGCUGUGAAUAAAAGACUGUAAUUUGGAAUUAAGUCACUAUUUUUGUUACAUGAAGUCAUCACAAGCUAGCUAUGCUAAUUCUCACUAGAGAGCUGAGCUGAGGUCACUCUAUUCAGUCAAUUCAAACUCGUUUGAAUGUUACAUCUGUCUAAAAAUAAUGACACUGCAGUAUUUUAAGAGUUACAGUUUCAGGCUAAAUGUCAAGAAUAGCAGUAUUUUCAGACUUCUCAGAGAUGAGAAUCUUCUCUGUGAAUGAAAUUGAAGCGAAUUGACCCUCCGUAGGGUAAAAGAGCCACCCGACUUGUCACGUGGCAGGUUUUCAUUAUUGAAUGUAGCAAAGGUAACAAAGGGAAAGUGUUGUUUUACAUGCACCCGUGACAGGAUAGCAUGUACCGUGCCACUGAGCUGCUUGCCCUCGAGCUUAAAAGAGUUACGACGAUAAGCUAAUUGGUAGUCGUGGAGCCUUGCAUAUAUGUGUGUGUGUGUGUGUGUGUGUGUGUGUGUGUGGGUGUUUCUCCAGAGGCAGCCCAGUGUUUCACUCCCAGUCACCAUAGAUGGUUUUCUCUGCCUACCAGCUCACAGAGGAAGCCAAUGGACAGACAGAUGAAUACUCGAUCCAGGCUGUUUGUCUGCCUGUCCAGCCGUUUGAGUGCUUGUGUGUGUGUGUGUGUGUGUGUGUGUGUGUGUGGUGAAGAAGCUGAGGCCUGGCACCUCUCUGGCUGGGGAGCUUAUGAAAACAUCAGUCCUCCACCCGGGACAAAUGUCUACCUCAGUAAUGUUAGCAGUGGUGACUGGCAGUCAAACACUCGGGGUGCUCUCUCCUCCCUCAUCUCCUGUUAUCCAAAAUAAAAUGAAGCAAACAAAAAACUAAAAAGGGUCCUAAUUUUACUUUAUUUGGUGCUCCAUUCUUUGGUGGUGCUCCUGGGCAGAACUCUGCUGCUUCGUGGCUGUACAUCUGUUAAAGGAUAUAAGGACAACAAUAAGGGUCUAUCUAGAACAUGUCUCCCAGCUGAGCUUUGGAGUAAGUAGAAAAGUUGUUAUUUUUUUUUUACAUUUGAAGCUCACUCUGCUUCUUGGCCUUGCUUGGAUGUUUUGGUUCAUUCUCAUUUUUGUCAUUUCCAGAGAGCUAAUGUUAGGGAAUAUCAGAAUGGAUGUGUACUGUAUACAGACCGAUUGUCAGGCAUUUGGUUCUAAGUAGCCGCAAGUUGUUGUCGUUGGUGGUGGAAAAAUUUAACUUUAAGGAAACAGUUUGCAGAGCUGCAGUGGGACUGAGGGACUUGUGAAAGAGUUGUUAGUAGUUCUUAAAAUGUGAAGGGACCUUGCUAUUGUGAUCAAAUCUUUCCAGACUCAAAUGGAGACUAAGCCAAUUUCUUCCCCUAAAUUCAUAUUACCAACUGCUCAGACAACAGCUAGACUCCAUCUUUUGUGGGGUGGAAAAUAUGUUCCAGGGUGCAUUUUUUUUUUUUUUGAAAUGAAUAAACAUGAGGUUUUCCUUUUUAUUAUUAUUAUUAUUAACAAUAUGAUGAAAAAUGUUUAUGGUAUUAUUUUGUUACGCCGUACUUGACAGCUGGUGUGGAUGGAUAUUUUAUUUUUAAUAAGAGUUUUAAAGUAAAAGCACUUGUAUGAAACAAGACACCGAAGCCUGCCUUUUGUGUUAAACUUCCCAGUGUCCUCUGUUAGUGUUGCGUUUGCCAUAGCAGGUGGAAAGAGGAAAAAGUCAUCUUGUGCUUCGUGCUCAUAUUUUUGUAUUGUGUUCAAAGACCCUAAAACCAGCAGCGUGUACCGCCAUACCGGACAGCUUCAUUGGAGGGGAAAACUCUUGUUGACACGUCAACGCCGCCGCCCCCACUGCCCAUAUUCAAGCUGCAAGGCUUCAGUUAAAUUCGUUUUUUUUCCCUCAUGGCAGAUCGUUAUGGGCCCGCCUGUCCCCUCCAAUGAAUCCAGUGUCCGUGAUGACGCCUGCUCUGGCACCAGCUGUCACGUUUCGCCGUUUAAUUUUCUUCUUUUUUUUUUUUCCCCCCCCCUUACGUUCAUGUUAGUAUUCUUUAAGAUAGAAGGCACAGAUGUAUUGCAGUCCAUUUCAGUGGUUCACAAAUAAAAGUUUUAAAUUUUGA